GCUCAGAGAUCACUAGUGCGCCGUGGCUGUAUUCGACAUCACGUACUGGACCAACAUGAAGUGUGCUAUACUCCUCCUCACCUGCUUGGCAGCCUGCCAGGCCGACGAUCUAGCCUCUGCCGCUGGACAAAUCUUCAACAAUAUCCUUCCCAAUCUCAUCAAAAACCAGGCGACUUCUAAUGACGGAAACAGCGCCCAAAACACUCUCCAACAAAUCGGCACUGUUGUCGGCGGUGUAGUAGACUAUGCCAAGACAAAGAGUUAUGAAGACCUUCUCAAUACCGUGCACUCAUCCACGACUGAUGAAGAUUUGCUGCGAGUCAGUGAAGAGAUGUUCAAUGCGGAUAUCAACAACGCAUUCAACUACAUCCAAGUGAAGCUGCAGGGCCAAACCAGCCCCAUGUCUAAAGACGAUAAGGCACCUGAUAACCUCCUGACUGUUAACGAUAACGUUUGGAACGGACCAACUAUCAAACCAUUCGUGGCUCUUUUCGACAACUACCACAAGAAUGUCAUUAGGCCCGAGUUUGUCACCCCUAAUGAAGAGUCGGAGCAAACUACUUACAUCAACACUAUUUUAGCGACCGGACCUAUUAGGAGUCUCAUGAACUUCCUCGUAAGCAAAGGUUUGACCCAGUUGAAUGAAUACCAGGAGCAAGUAAACUUGUUAAAGAAGAUCUGGUUCACGAAGUAUGCGCGCCACUGGACCGGCCUCUGCAAAUGCAGUUGUGCUUUUGAGAACAUCUUCAUGGCUGAACUCAAGUCCAAUGAUGUGUUGGGACUGCACAGUUGGCUUUUCUUCGCUAAGCGAGAACAAGACCGCAAAGCAAACUACCUAGGCUACACCUCCAAACUGGACUUGGCUGGAAAAGGAUUAAUCCUGAAGCAGCACUCCAUCCUCAGUGAAACGAAGGAUGCCCCCGAAGUGACCAUGUUCGUAGGAACCUCUCCUGAGCUCGAAACGGCCCUGUACACUCUCUGCUUCAUGGCCCGGCCUGACGGCCAGUGCAAGCUACGGUACAACAAUGUGCCCUUCACCAUUCAGACCAAGACUCUCAAGUCUGACAACAUCAAGCUUAUAGACACAGCGUACCCAGUCUUCUAAAUUAUAUUUAUUUUUACGUUAUUCUUAUUAAGGUCGCAUUUCACGAGAUGCCUAAGUGAAAUGCCAAUAAAUCACGUCUAUAGUUCAUACUCGUAAGAUGGUUACAAAAAUUUAAGAAUUGAGGAUAUAUGAACUAUAGCUAAGCGAAAAGAACGUUGUGUAAUGUAUAUGAUAAUAAUACUCUUAAAUAUUUAAAUUUACCUAGAACUGUUUACAAAUAUAAUUUAUAGACGUUUCAAA